AAAACCAAAAAACAAAUGAAAACCCCAAAGCAGAACACCCACAAAGCCAAAACUAGAAAAGCCUACGGAUUUCAGCACAAGCGAUUUGUUGUAUAAUUUUCUCUUCUUCUCCUCCUCCUCCUCCUCUCUAUAGAAGAAAAUAUAUCUUAUACCCACAAAUCACGGCUUUGCAAUCUCUCUCUAGAUCUAAGUUUUCUCCAGCCUUGUCAUUACAAUCUUUUUUUUUUUUAUUCCUUUUGUUUUGUUGUAGAAACUUCUAAAUCCCCCCUCAUUGAUUCUGUAACUAGGCUAAAUCCGACAAAUAUCGGACUUCUCUUUGUGCCUCGGCUAUAAAUGAACGGAUCAUCCAGUUUUGUUGUUUGGGAUUGACAAGAUUAAUGGUGUCUACUUUCAUCAAUGCAUGCUUGAUUUCUGAAGUUCCUAUUGGGUGCUUAAGGAUUGAAGAGUGGCUAGAACAUAGUUUAGGGCCUUAGGCCUUGAAAUAGUUGUCAACGCUGGUUUUAUGACUAGUUUGGUUGCGGGAUAAUUUGGUUGAGAACAUAUGAGUGAUGGUAUCAACGACAUUGAUGAAGUUUGUAAAGCCCUGUUGGUCUUUUGCUGAGGGUGAAACUUCUAUUAGAGGUGGGGAUACCUGUGGCCGGGUUGAUGGCUUGUUGUGGUACAAGGAUUCAGGAACCCACGUUAAUGGGGAAUUCUCGAUGGCCGUCAUUCAAGCUAACAAUUUGUUGGAAGACCAUAGCCAACUUGAGUCUGGGCCGAUGAGCUCGGUUGAAUCAGGUCCGCAGGGAACGUUUGUGGGAAUAUAUGAUGGCCAUGGAGGUCCAGAAACUGCCCGAUUUAUAAAUGAUCGCCUAUUCGAAAAUAUCAAGACCAUUCAUGAUGCAGAAUUCACACUGGAGAAUCAUGGAAUGUCUGCCAAUGUUAUCCACAAAGCAUUUUUGGCAACGGAAGAGGAGUUUCUUUCUCUAGUGAAGAAGCAGUGGCUAAGUAAGCCCCAAAUUGCUUCGGUUGGCUCAUGUUGUUUGGUAGGUGUAGUUUGUAGUGGACUGCUAUACAUUGCAAAUGCAGGAGAUUCUCGAGCAGUGUUAGGAAGACUGGAAAAAUCUGUUAAGGAGGUAAAAGCUAUUCAGUUGUCAACUGAACACAACGCUAGUAUAGAAUCAGUGCGUGAGGAGUUGCAUUUAUUGCAUCCCAAUGAUCCACAGAUUGUGGUGUUGAAGCAUAAAGUUUGGCGUGUGAAGGGUCUGAUACAGAUAUCAAGAUCCAUUGGUGAUGCCUAUCUGAAGAAGGCAGAAUUUAACAGGGAACCUCUUUUAUCGAAGUUUAGACUGCCUGAACCCUUCCGUGAUCCAAUUCUUAAAGCUGAGCCGACAAUUUUAGUGCAAAAAGUUUACCCUGAAGACCAGUUUCUUAUAUUUGCAUCAGAUGGUCUAUGGGAGCACCUAAGCAAUCAGGAAGCAGUCGACAUUGUCAACAAUAGUCCACGUAAUGGUAUUGCACGGAAACUUGUGAAAGCUGCACUCUGUGAGGCAGCAAAGAAAAGAGAAAUGAGAUAUUCGGACUUGAAAAGGAUUGAUCGUGGUGUGAGGAGACAUUUUCACGACGAUGUCACAGUUAUAGUAUUGUUCCUUGAUUCACAUUUGGUCAGUCGGAGCUCUUGGCGCGGACCUAUUCUUUCAAUCAAAGCGGGUAGUGGUAUCUCUGGAAAUGCCAACAAUUAGUGCAAGAGGUUCCAAACACUUCCCACUUAAUCACUAUUUUAUCAUCUGCAUUAAGUAACGGUAUCUUUUUCCCCGUUGAGGAGACAUUAAAGAAUUAUUCUGGGCAACUUGUUUCCAGAACAUGAUAAAAGAUCUCAUUAGAUUGUAGAGUUGAUGCCAAAGACAGAUGAUUGCAAAAAUCACAGUCACAGUUGUCAGUUGACGGCAUAUGAUACUUCACAAAUACCACCCCCGCUGGCUUUGGCUGUACGUUGUUGCCUAAACACUAUGAAGGAUAUUUUUUCCGCAGGCGAGAUUCAAACUCAUGGAAUUUGACUUGUUUAUAGUUUACUGCCCACAUAAGUUACUUUGCAGUGUGUUUAAAUUAUGUAGUGUAUGGUUAUCGGAUUAUUCCACGCCUUUGUCAUUUUUUAAGCUCUUUUAUCCUCUCAGUCUACACUAGUUUCUGGCGUUGACCAUGUUCGCGAGUUGUUCAUUGAUGGAUAGCACUUUGAACAAUGGCCUCAACGGAAGCCAACUGUACAUCUUGCAUGUUCUUAACUAGAAACGUCGAAGGGAUUUGCGUUUUGGUCUCUACUUAAUUAGGUUCACAAGUUCAGUCAGAUUACGUAGUUUCCCCCCUUCCCCGCUUCUCCUGAACGCUAAUCGACUUGGUGUUUUUAUUCUUUUAUUGGUAUGGGGUUCAAAGAUGAUGUAUAUGUGCUUGUUUUAGAUGAUCUUUACAAGGAAUGCCAAAGAAAGUAUUGUAUGUUGUA